CAGUCACCACUAUACUUCCACACGAUCAACAAGCCCGACUACUGCGCCACGGACUCCCGAAGUUUAUUCAAUCAAAGAAAUCAGCAACUUCUCCACCAAUAUGAGCAACUUUGGAGGCGCCGGGCUUGGGCAAAAGGUCCAAAAGCCAAAUCCGCCAGAGCGAGGCUCAUUCCCUCUCGACCACGACGGAGAAUGCAAGGACAUCAUGCUCUCGUACCUCCGAUGCAUCAAGUCUCAUCGCGGCACCAACGACCCCGAAUGCCGCGGCCUCUCUAAGUCAUACCUUUCUUGUCGUAUGGAUCGGAAUCUGAUGGCCCCGGAUUCGUUCAAGAACCUCGGCUUCGGCGAAGACAGUGACGGCCCUGCCACCACCACUGCAAACGCAUCUCAGUCACCGCACCCCAACGGCCAAAACAAACCUCGCGGAGCCUAGGAUAACGAGUCGCUGUUCGAUCGAAGGACAAACAUCACGUGGUCAGCCGUUUGGUAGCAUCCGGAGAACGUGUCUCACAUAGACCUCUCGGAAUACGUCUCCACUCUUCUUGCCGAACACCUUCGAUGU